AUGGAAUUCUUUGCUAGUCUUCGGUCACAAAUCAUGGAUUUUUUUGCUAGACUCCGGCAGCGAAUCGCGGAUUUUAUUGCUAAUAUAGAAAAGAUGAUCUCGACAAAGAACUCGCAUAGCGAGAACGGAUACGUUGAUACAAACUCUUUAUCAGGAAAGAUCUCAUCAGAAAAGAAGACCUCUUCAGAGUUCAGGAAUCCUAGAGUUAUUUUGAGUGUUUCCAUCCUAUUUUGUAUAAAUUUGUUGAAUUAUAUGGACAGGUAUACUAUAGCAGGUGUGCUAACAAAUAUUCAAACUUUCUACAAGAUUGAUGACGCCCAAGCGGGUUUAUUACAAACUGUGUUUUUCAUAUUUUUUAUGUUUUGCUCUCCAGUAUGUGGCUUUCUUGGAGACAGGUAUAACCGGAAAUGGAUCAUGAUUGUUGGUAUAGCCGUCUGGGUGGGAGCAGUGUUCGGUUCCACACUCGUGCCUGCAGAUAAAUUUUGGUUAUUUCUUCUUUUGCGAGGUAUUGUUGGAGUUGGUGAAGCAUCAUAUGCAGUAAUCUCACCGUCGAUUAUUGCCGAUAUGUUUACUGGGCAAAAUAGAAGUCGAAUGCUGAUGAUUUUCUAUUUUGCAAUUCCUUUUGGAAGUGGCCUGGGUUUCAUCGUCGGUUCCACCGUCGCAGCUUGGACAGGCCAUUGGUCAUGGGGAGUACGAGUCACCGGAGUAUUGGGUAUAUUAUGCCUUGUAAUGAUCAUACUCUUCAUCCAAGAGCCGGAACGAGGGGCUGCAGAACGAGAAAAAGGUGAAAUAGCUGCAGAAGUGGUAAAUACCAGCUAUUUGGAUGACAUCAAGGCUCUUGCAACGAACCUGACCUACGUCUUCUCCACUGCUGGUUAUACUGCUAUCGUGUUUGUGGUCGGAACAUUGACAUGGUGGGCACCUACAGCCAUUGAACAUAACGAGGCAUACAAGCAAGGACUGAACAGCACCGGCUUGUUGGACCCAGAUUCCAAAGCUCAGAUCAAUCUUAUUUUCGGCGUUAUUACCUGUGUCGGAGGAAUCGCCGGUGUUGCUUUGGGAUCGUCCUUAUCCAUGUUUCUCCGCUCUGGCUAUGGGCCGUUCAGGUUUGUCCAAACCGUACGAUCGGAUCCGAUAAUCUGUGGAGCUGGAGCGCUCAUUGGCUUGCCGACGUUGUUUUUCUCGCUUCGAAUGAUCCCAACAAGCAUGCCAGCAACCUAUAUCCUCAUGUUCAUAACAAUUACUGCAACUUGCUUUAAUUGGGCCACAAAUGUUGAUAUGCUUAUGGCCGUGGUUAUACCAUCUCGACGAAACGCAGCAAAUUCAUGGCAAAUUCUGCUAUCUCAUAUGUUUGGAGAUGCAUCAGGACCGUAUAUCAUAGGCAUGAUUUCCGAUGCCAUUCGUGGAGAUGACUCAUCUCCCUAUGGACACUAUCAUUCGCUAGUGAUAUCCUUUUAUCUCCCAAACGCAUUACUUCUAGUCAGUGCAGUGUUGUUUUUCGUAUCUGCGUAUACAUUCGUCAAAGAUAAUAACAAAUUCAAGGAGUAUAUGGGUGUUGCUGGAACAUCAAGUGACAAGAAUAUGGAUGGUGACUUGUCACUGGCAACAGGAAGGGAUAAUCGAGCAUUUUCGGUGACAGAUAGGGAAGAAGCAGAGACUACGAAGAUCUGAUUACACUUUUACGGGAACCUGCUAAGUUAAUGUACAUUAAUCACGUCUUUCUGUAACUACUGCAAGCGAUGUAAUUAAAU